AUGGCCACUCUCUUCUGCUGUAAUUCCCCUGAGUCCUUUCGUCCCCAGCAACUCACCCACCAACAAAAAUUCACCAGCUUCAAAGCCUGGGCUGACUACCCUCGCUCCUCCUCCGUCACAACUCCCAAUGACUUGGGAGAUAACUCAAAUCCCAUCACUCCCACCACACCAUACGCCAUCCAACUUGUUCAACAAGUCAACUACGGUCCUCUUGAAUCUAAACGCUACUUCAUUCCCGAUGAAAACUCCCCAGGAGACUUCAUCGAGAUCACCGAACAACAUCUGAUCCAGGCCAAUUACCAGAAGUUGAACUCAUACAAGAACUUCAAAUGCACCUCUCACAAUAAAUUCUUUGAGGUGAAUUUGUAUCAGAAGGAUCCGGUGAAUGUUCAUCACUGGCGAGCAAACAUUGCGAGACCGGCGGGAGAUAUCGAUCUUUGA